UAGUGAGCUGCAGUUGAGAGCGCUAGUGAUCACUCGGCUUCUCGUUUCUUCGUCGUCUCUGGUUGCAAGUACGGACAGAAAUCCGACGUCUAAAUUUGCGUCGUGACUGUUUCUUUCUAAGUUUGGUCAUUGAAAAAUUCGUGAGAUAUGUUCCGCAUUCUCGUGACGAUCGUCGCACUCUUUGUGCUAAGCGACGCGAAAUUACAUAGGAUCCAAUUGCACAAGACAGAAUCUAUUCGAAGAAUUCUGCAGGAAGUUGGUACAGAUUUGCAUCAAGUUCGUUUAUACGGAGUUACUACUCCUACACCAGAACCCUUGUCCAAUUACUUGGAUGCUCAAUACUAUGGCGUAAUUACCAUUGGGACUCCACCACAGGAAUUCAGAGUGAUUUUUGAUACAGGUUCUUCAAAUCUUUGGGUACCAUCCAAAAAGUGCAGCAUUACUAACAUUGCUUGCUUGUUGCAUCACAAAUAUGACAGCAGAAAAUCCAGCACAUACCAGAAGAAUGGCACUGAAUUCGCUAUUCGUUAUGGUUCUGGCAGUCUGUCUGGUUUCUUAUCAUCUGAUGUAGUGAAUAUUGGUGGAUUAAAUGUUCAAGGUCAAACAUUCGCGGAAGCUGUCAAAGAACCAGGUUUGGUCUUCGUCGCCGCAAAAUUCGACGGUAUAUUAGGAAUGGGUUACUCCACAAUUGCUGUUGAUGGAGUGACUCCCGUCUUCUACAAUAUGGUGAAACAAGAUUUGGUACCGAAAGCUGUUUUCAGCUUUUAUCUUAAUCGCGACCCUGAUGCUAAAGUGGGCGGUGAAAUGUUGUUGGGUGGUUCUGAUUCGGAUCAUUAUGAAGGUGAAUUCACAUAUGUUCCCGUUAGUCGCAAAGGAUAUUGGCAAUUCGCAAUGGACAGUAUUCAAGUACAUGGUCACACUCUGUGCGCGUCUGGUUGUCAGGCUAUCGCUGACACUGGCACCUCAUUGAUAGCUGGACCAGUCGAGGAAGUCGCAGUUAUUAACAGUUUAAUAGGAGCCACUACUAUCAUAGCUGGAGAGGCAAUAGUUGAUUGCGAUUUGAUUGAGAAGUUACCCGGAAUAGAUGUCAUCAUAGGUGGUAAGAUGUUCAGUCUUAGUGGUAAAGACUAUAUUCUUCGAGUUAAGCAGUUUGGUAAAACGAUAUGCAUGAGCGGCUUCAUGGGUAUGGAUAUUCCUCCGCCAAACGGACCACUAUGGAUUUUGGGUGAUGUGUUUAUUGGCCGUUUCUAUACUGAAUUCGACAUGGAGAAUGACCGAGUGGGAUUCGCUGUGGCAAAAUAAAAUAAUUGAUUCUGUUCCUGUUCCAAGUUUAUCAUUAAAAGAACGAAAAAAAGUGUAACAAUCGAAAUUAAGAUCAAGUAAAAUUCAUUUAGCAUAAUGAUCAAAUCUAUGUUUAUUGCUUUGUAAUUGUUACUUAUCGACGAUUUAAGAAGUGUGUCGUGAAAUAUACUUUUAUAAUAUUUUAGAAAAGUAAAACAAACAUGUAUAAUUUCGAUACUUAAUGUUUAAUCAAUGCAUCUUUUUUGUGCAUAAUACAGAUGUAACUAAAGAUGUUGAAAUGGAAUUAAAUUUGUUGAAAUAA